AUGGUGGAAAUGGAUGUUGAUCCGAAUGAUCCUUUCAAGUACGUAACUGCGGAAAUCGCCUUCGAAAUAGAAUUGUCUCAGAAUUGUUCAAGGUGUCUAUACGCUCGCGGAGGCCAAUGUCGACUUCACAACACCGGAAUGUUUUACUGUGACCUAGGGAAUAAAUCAACAAAAACUCGUCUUAUAGUGACAGCAGUUGCAUCUGUGGGAGGAGCAUUAGGAGUUCUGAUAAUUUUGGGUUGGUGCAUUAGAAGACGCUUUUACAAGAAGAAAAACCCCACCCACCAAAUCAUUGAGAUGUUCCUGAACACCCACGGUCAUCUUGCAGCCAAAAGAUACAGUUUUUCAGAGAUAAAGAAGGCCACCAAUUCCUUCAGAAACAAAUUGGGUCAAGGAGGGUAUGGUAGCGUGUACAAGGGCAAGUUAAACGAUGGAAGCCUUGUGGCAGUGAAAGUUUUAAGCGACUCCAAAGGUAACGGUGAGGAAUUCAUCAAUGAAGUUGCUAGCAUCAGUGUCACUUCUCAUGUUAACGUUGUUAGUUUACUAGGAUUCUGUCAGGAAGGUUCUAAAAGAGCUUUGAUAUAUAAGUACAUGCCUAAUGGAUCACUUGAGAAGUUCAUAUAUGAAGACAAGAAUCCACAUAAGCUUAAUCUUCAAUUAAGCUGCAAAACCAUCUACAAUGUUGCACUUGGCAUCGCUCGAGGAUUAGAGUAUUUACAUAGAGGAUGCAAUACUAAAAUCUUGCACUUUGAUAUAAAACCUCACAAUAUAUUGCUUGAUGAGGAUUUCUGUCCCAAGAUUUCAGAUUUUGGACUAGCUAAAAUAUGUCAGAAAAAAGAGAGUAUUGUGUCCUUAUUGGGAACUAGGGGAACUGCAGGAUACAUUGCUCCUGAGGUAUUCUGUAGAAAUUUUGGAGAAGUCCCUCAUAAAUCUGAUGUAUACAGCUAUGGAAUGGUGGUUCUAGAAAUGGCGGGGGGAAAGAUGAAUAACAAUGUUGAAGUGGAAUGUUCAAGCGAAAUAUAUUUUCCACACUGGGUUUACAAGCGUCUUGAGCAUAAUCAAGAGCCUAGAUUGAGAAGCAUAAAAAAUGAAAGUGAUAAAGAAAUGAUACGAAAGUUGAUUAUUGUGAGCUUAUGGUGCAUUCAGACAGACCCGUCAAACAGACCAGCAAUGAGUAAAGUGGUAGAUAUGAUGGAAGGAAGCUUGGAGCUCUUGCAAAUACCACCAAAACCUUAUCUCUCUUCACCUCCCAGAUCUCCUCCUAGGUCCUCUGAUCAAAGCACCUACACUUCUUCGACCAUGUAUCUUUCUGAGUACUAA